AUGAAUUGUAUGGAAAUACAAAGUCACCCUCGAAGAAGCGCUUCCUCGGUGUCUUCUGUUUCUCGACGAUCACCUUUCCUUCUACCCCUUCCACUGCAUCUGUCCCAGCAACCACUUCCCCCUCCCAGCCGUUUGGAACUAAAGCGUCGGCGAUCUGCUCUUUCGGCAAACUCCUCUUUCCCGUGUACCGGUCAUAGUGGUGGCGAUCGUCACACAUCCCUCGAUCGUAGCUGUUCCAUCAAAGCUCCUCCACUCCUACACCGUCAAUUUUCCCUCCAAUGUAAUUAUGGGGAGACCCUUGAAACCUUUGGACAGGGACCUCGAAAGGCUAUCACAACAGCCGUCAUUCGACCACAGAAUUUAAUUGAGGAAGCACCAUUCCAAAUGUCUUUAGACCCCGUUAGUAACACGAUCCCGCAGAUACGUUUUGAAAGAGCAGCCACUCCUUUAGGAGGUAUGAGGUCAGAAAAUGAUUCAAAGCAAGUUCCAGUUGAAUUUAGCAUCCCUGAAGAAGACCAGAAUGAAGAAAACCAAAAUCAAGUUCUUUUACAACUUCCUGAAGUGAAUAAUCACUUAUAUAUAUCAUCCCAAUCGACCUCUCAUUCUGGGUCGGGAUAUGGAUCCUGUGUCGCUUCACCCUAUUUGCAAUCCUCAAUUCCGAUGAACAUGUUCCUCGAUUUGCAGCAAAGAGUGUCGACGCUGGAAUCAGAGAAUCGAAUUCUAUCCUUAUGCCUGCGCCAAGCCAUGGGCCAAACAGAUUUGCCUGAGCGGCCUCCCCUUUAG